UUUUAGAAUUUUGAAAAAGAGUUGUGAUAUCCUUGUCUCCUUUCUCUAUUAGCCUCCGCCCUCAUAUUUUUACUAUAUAAAGUCGCCAUUGCAUCUUCACAUACACCCCAUUCUCACUCAUGCUUUUUGCACCUCCUUUUCCCUUUCUCUUAUGAAAAAAGAAACGCCUUUUAUUGGAUAAGGUUGCUUCGUUUCAUACUAUUCUUAAUUUGAGAAAAAGUUUCCUGGCCUAAGUCUUUUCCUUGUAGAGUAGCUGAAGAAAUGAAGUACGUGUUGGUGACAGGAGGAGUUGUUAGUGGGCUCGGUAAAGGAGUCACUGCCAGCAGUAUUGGUCUUAUUCUUAAGGCCUGCGGUCUUCGUGUUACCUCCAUUAAGAUUGAUCCUUAUUUGAACACUGAUGCUGGCACAAUGUCUCCUUUCGAGCAUGGAGAAGUGUAUGUCUUGGAUGAUGGUGGAGAGGUGGACCUGGACCUUGGAAACUAUGAGCGUUUUCUAGAUAUUAAGUUGACCGGUGACAACAAUAUAACUACUGGGAAAAUUUACCAGUCUGUUAUUGAUAAGGAGAGAAGAGGGGAUUAUUUGGGAAAGACUGUUCAGGUUGUCCCUCACAUUACAGAUGCCAUUCAAGAGUGGAUAGAACGUGUGGCUGUCAUACCAGUUGAUGGCAAGGAUGGCCCACCAGAUGUUUGUGUCAUAGAACUGGGUGGCACAAUAGGAGAUAUUGAAUCAAUGCCAUUUAUUGAAGCAUUAGGACAAUUCUCAUAUCGUGUUGGUGCUGGUAAUUUUUGCUUGAUACAUGUCAGCCUUGUACCUGUUUUGAGUGUAGUUGGUGAGCAGAAAACAAAACCUACUCAGCACAGUGUUAGAGGUUUGAGAAGCCUGGGAUUGACUCCCAACAUUUUAGCAUGCCGGAGCACAACGGAACUAGAAGAGAAUGUCAAGGAGAAAAUUUCCCGGUUUUGCCAUGUCCCGCUAGAUAACAUUAUUACUCUUUAUGAUGUCUCAAACAUUUGGCGCGUUCCUUUGCUUUUAAGAGAUCAGAAGGCGCAUGAAGCAAUUCUGAAAGUUCUGAACCUUAAAGGUGUUGCACAAGAACCUGCUUUGGGAGAAUGGACAUCUCGGGCUGCCCUCUGUGACAAGCUACAAGAGCCUGUUAGAGUAGCCAUGGUAGGAAAGUACACCGGUCUUUCAGAUGCAUACCUCUCUGUACUGAAGGCUCUUGUGCAUGCCUCUGUAGCUUGCCACAGGAAACUUUGUAUAGAUUGGAUUGCAGCCAGUGACCUUGAGGAUGAAACUUCUACAGAGAAUCCUGAGAAUUAUAGAAGUGCUUGGAAGUUGUUGAAGGGGGCGAAUGCUAUCCUAGUUCCUGGAGGAUUUGGUGACAGAGGUGUGGAGGGUAAAAUCCUCGCUGCUAGAUAUGCCCGUGCAAACAGGAUUCCGUUCCUUGGCAUAUGUCUAGGAAUGCAAAUUGCUGUUAUUGAGUUUGCUCGAUCCAUUCUUGGAUUGCUAGAUGCAAACAGUACAGAAUUUGAUCACAACACUCAGAAUCCUUGUGUCAUUUUUAUGCCAGAGGGUUCAAAAACUCAUAUGGGUGGUACGAUGCGUCUUGGAUCUAGGAGAACAUAUUUUAAAGUUGCGGAUUGUAAAUCUGCAAAAUUAUAUGGCAACCAGAGCUUUAUAGAUGAGAGGCAUCGACACAGAUAUGAGGUGAACCCCGACAUGGUGCAGCAACUUGAAGAUGCUGGUCUUUCUUUCACUGGCAAAGAUGAAAGUGGUCACCGCAUGGAGAUUGUUGAGCUGCCAAAUCAUCCUUACUUCAUCGGAGUUCAAUUUCAUCCAGAAUUUAAAUCAAGGCCAGGAACCCCUUCUGCCCUGUUCCUAGGACUUAUAGCCGCAGCAACUGGGCAACUUGAAACUUUGUUGAAGAAGGGUGUUCCCAAAACAUGGAGUUUGAGCAAUGGCACGUCAGGACUAAAAUCACAUCGAUAUGUAAAUGGGACAAAGAUGGCUAAUGGAUCAUUAGAUGGCAUUUAUUGCAACGGGAAUGGUAUACAUGUCUAAAGGAAACAGUAACAUACGUUGUGGGCGCUUGGCCCUGGAUUUCUAGUUGAUCAAAUUUUGCUACUGCAUUUGUUCUGUUGGGUAUGUAUAGCCAUACGAGAGCAGUAGGUUUUCAGCUUCUCUAAUUAGCAGCAUUAUAUAGGGUAGAGCGAGAUUCCGAUCUUUUAUAAGGAACAUGCUGUUGUAGCUCCAGCACACUGUGGUGGAAAUGGGACGGCCAAUGCUACAUUGAAAUCUGUGUUUGUUAUUCCAUCUGGGAUGGUACAUUAGAGUGCUAGAGAAGAUUGAAGACUGGUUUGUCCAGUUUUAUAUUCAGCUAAAUAGCUUGUGUAGUAUGAAAUGAAAUGGCUAAAUGGCUACACGUAGCAGGAAAGCUGAAUAAAACUUGCGACUAUGAACCAGCGAAGUAGCUUGAUUCAAGGUAUUAAAGCCGGCUGAAUAGAAUGUGUUUUUGGUUAUUUGGUUCUUUUUCCAUUCCAUGUUAUGAAUUCUGUUUUUCACUCCUCUAGACUUCACAUUUGUAAGCCAUCUACGGUAAGUUCAUUACCCUUAGCGGUAUCCUCAUUAAAAUGUGAAAUGAUCGUCACAUUAAUUAUCGGAUGUAUUCUUAUGGUGUUUUCACAAAGAGCAAUUAUAUGUUAACUCUUUGUUCAUUUAUUU